AUGAGUCCAAUUUUCUAUAGUUUUAUUGGGAUAUUAAUUACAACAUACCAAUUAAUUAUUAGAUGUUAUGGAAGUGGACAGUCCAUAAGAGGAUGGGAGCGUGGGCGUAGAGCAUUGUCGUUUGAGCCAGCAAACACUGCAAGAGAAAGAAUGGAUGAGCCUAACAAGAAAAAGAGAAAAAAAGACCACACCGGGGACAUGGAGAGGAUGGGAUGGGACAAGGCCGGGCUUAAAGCAGAGGUUGAGGCAUACCAGGGUGGUCACCUUAUCAAUUACAGUGCUCUAGCUAGGAAGUAUAAUGUGACAGACAGCAGUGGACAAGUUGCACUUAACGGUGGACAGAUUGUGAAGGAGUGGCUAGUGAGAAACGGAGUAGAUGUUGACCGGUUUAGUACCAAACGCAAAAACCCCAUGGAUCCAGUAAUUAGAAGAAGGAAAAGGAGAGGGCACGGGGGAGAGAUCAGCAUACCCUGUGAGCCAGACAAGAAAACACUGAAAGCACAGCUAUUGCAGAAGAUCCACACAAAGGAGUACAGUAUAGGAGAACGGAUUGUACCACGAAAGUAUGAAAAGCUUAUCCUUACAAAGGAUCUGAAAAUAAAAAAAGAGGAUGUCUAUACUGAUGGUAGAAAAAUGCCCCUUGCCAAUAUCCGAAGGACAAUGUUAAAAAAACAGGAGAAGUUUCUCCGGGGGACAACAGAGGAAGGAAUAGCAGAGCUUACAGCAGAACAGCUAAGAACAAGGCUUUUGCAGAUCAACGAGUAUGUGGAUGGUAUGGCAGUCCCAGACAUGAGGGAGAAGCUAAAAAGCCAUGAAAGAACAAGGCAUCUGAUGGUAUGGCUAGAUAACUCAACAGUUGCUAACUCUGGAUAUCUGGUGUGCCUUAGACCUGUCUUUAUGACAAGGCAGUGUUCCUUACAGAUGAGGAGUAUGCUGCAAAAUAUGGAAGACGGGUUAAUGUGCAAAUGCUGGUUGAAGAACCAGAGCUACAUUUUAUUGCAAAAUGUGGGAGCUCUGACCAUGAGCUUUUAUUAUAUUCGGAGACAAGGCUCCAAUGUGUCAGAGAGCUGUGUGAUGACAACAGUAUUUCAUACACUGAUAUCAUGA